GGCCUCCUCACGAGGAGACGUUUUUUGUAUAAUAAGAGAAAAUCCCGCUGUUGCAGCUUCGAAGCCUCCUCUCUCCGGAAUUCAAAGCUAUUUUCUAUCGCUACAAUGAUCUACGGUAUGUCUACCCCCGCCAGGGGCCCCGUUAACAGGUACAAUAUCCAUCUUCGCGUGGGCCUGCCUGUGUCCCUUGUUAACGAGCGCUUGAUGUCAAAUCCCCACCCCCGUGACUACUCUAUUACUCCGUAUCGGCACCCGACUCCUCCCACGCCUAAAACCGCAUGUUAUCCGCAUCCCAUGUAUCCAUUGGAAUACUGGUAUUCAUGGGCAAAAACAAAACGCGAGGUAUAUGUACGGAUGAUGAGGUCCGAAUCAGGAAAGACGGAUGUUGAUGAUCGUCGGUCUUCCAUUGACGAUGCACAUUAUUGGAGAUGUGAGGCCAUGUUCUGGAUGUCAAAGUCAUGA